GAUGAUGAAGCCGUCAGUGUUGCUGCUGCUGGUCUUGCUGGCUCUGUCCUCAGCUGGUCCUCUGGACAUCAGGGACGACACAGAGCAGAGAAAUGCCUCCUUCGAGAGCAGCAGAUCUAAAAUUACCACCAACAGAUCGAAGCGAGCAGAUCAACCUCAUCUGACCGCUGCCAAGUUAAGGCAGAAGAGGCAGGAUCAGACAUCUUCCAUCGCAUCGGACAAUGGCUCAAACGAAUAUGACAGUGCCUCAAACCUGGAGUGGGUGACCUGGAACAACUUUCUCCCAAACAAUUCGGUUUCAAUUUACAAUGAUUACACUGAUCGCAUUGAUUAUGUCUGUAAAUACAAGUGUGAGGCUGGCUUUUACACCCCCAGCAAGGGUCCGUACUGCCACUAUCCCAGCGCAAAAAAAGCACAUGCUGGUUUUCCGUUUGAGAUCCUGGUGAACAAAAACAACGCUGAGAUCCUGGAGUGGAAGGACGAUUCGGACGGUUCAGUGCCCCGGAGUGCAGUCAGAACCUGCACCGAGACGGCCAUAUUUGUAGGGAAAAACAAAUAUGGACUUGGAAAGGUUUCUAUUGCAGAAAAGGCCUUCUGUUUGCCGUGGAAGAAAGAUGAAUAUCAGUACUACGACUACCAGGUUCUGACCAUCAAUGAGGAUAUAAUCAGCCAGCAGGUUUACAAAGUCAAGUACAUCACUGAUGAGUCUGAAAUCAUCCACUAUCCCCCCGAAAUCGUUCAAAAAACAGCCAUCGCCAACUACGAAUGCCACUCUGUUGUCAAAACAGAUACCCUCUCAAAGACGUAUGAGACAGAGCACAGGUGGGACUUCAGCUUUGCUAUCAAACUUGGUUUCACAUUAACCUUCAAAGCCAGCAUCCCCUUCAUCGCCUCUGAAGGUAUUCAGUACAGCACCGAUGUGACGUUCCAGUACUCUGUGGGAAAAACGGUGAUAGAGUCCCUCACUAAUGCUGUUUCAGUGCAGAUCACAGCCCCGGCAAACCAUUCCUGCGUGGUUUCAAUGGUGCAGUAUAAGUACAAAGUGCACAUCCCGUUCACAGCGCUCAUCAGACGCACAUACGCUAACGAGGAGAUCCGCAUUAUAUCCGUCACGGGCACGUACAACGCUGUUCAGGUUGGUGAAAUCCGUGCCAUGGCGGACCGAUGUGAACCUCUGGAAAACUCCAAGCCUUGUCCAUGAGACACAUAAAGCCUAUAAACUGUAAAUAAAGAUGGACUACAUGACAGUUCUCUUAAAGUUUAGCGUUUAAAUCUGGAUCGCCCCCUGGUGUCUGGCUGCAGUAUAGGUCAUAGAGUCCGCCCUU